AUGUUGAAGAUGAGCGGGUGGCAGCCACAGAGCCAGAAUCAGAUCCGGAACCUGAGGAGAGAGUGUUCCAGAAGGAAGUGUAUCUUCAUACAUCACCACACUUGAGAGCAGGU